ACACCACCAUGCAGCUUGUGUUAUGGGCACUGGGACUAGGAACACUCUUUCUACAGGACGCCUUGAAUGUAGCCCCCACAGCAGCGCGGAAGCAGAAGCUGCAGCCAAGACAAGCCCAAGUGCUGGAGACACUACGCGAGUUCGAGAUCGUCACCCCCACCCGUGUGAACGAAUUCGGAGCCCCCUUUCCCACGCACGUACACUUCAAACGAAAGAGACGAAGUAUUAACCCUGACCCGGACCCUUGGGCCACCGACUCCUCCUCCGCACACUACCGGCUUUCCGCCUUUGGGGAGCAGUUUCUGUUCAACCUCACGGCCCAUUCUGGAUUUAUUGCGCCACGUUUCACGGUCAGCCUCCUCGGAGCCCCGGGGGUUAACCAAACCAGGUUUUACAGCGAGGAGGCCAGCGACGUACAGCACUGUUUUUAUAGAGGACAUGUGAAUACCCAGCCCCAGCACACUGCGGUCAUCAGCCUGUGUUCAGGGAUGCUAGGCACAUUCAGGUCUCACGAUGGGGACUAUUUUGUAGAGCCGCUGCUAUCCCCUGAUGACCAAGAGUAUGAAGAAGAGCACAAUAAGCCACAUGUGGUCUACAGACACGGUGCACCUCAAAAAGACUCACCAAGGGAAAGGCACACUUGUGAUACUUCAGGGCAUGAAAAUAGUCACAAGAAGAGCAAGAGGAAAAACCGGAGAAGACAAUGGCAAGAAAGUAGUCUGUUCUCGGACGUGGAGGUAUUAAAACAUAGCAUAGCCGGAAAUCAAUUUUCUACAUAUAACAACAAGACUGAUGACAAGACGCACCGAAGGACAAAGCGAUUCCUCUCCUACCCUCGGUUUGUGGAAGUCAUGGUGGUGGCAGACAGCAGAAUGGUUGCCUACCAUGGAGCUAAUCUGCAACACUAUAUCUUAACAUUAAUGUCAAUAGUAGCCUCUAUCUAUAAAGACCCAAGUAUUGGAAAUUUAAUUAAUAUUGUUAUUGUGAAAUUAGUCGUGAUACAUAAUGAACAGGAUGGUCCUUCAAUAUCUUAUAAUGCCCAGACAACAUUAAAAAACUUUUGCCAAUGGCAGCAUUCCCAGAACCACCCUGAAGAAAACAAUCUACCCAAACAUGAUACUGCUGUACUUGUUACCAGACAGGAUAUUUGUAGAGCUCACGACAAAUGUGAUACAUUAGGUCUGGCUGAAUUGGGCACUGUUUGUGAUCCGUACAGAAGCUGUUCAAUUAGCGAAGAUAACGGACUAAGUACUGCUUUUACGAUCGCGCAUGAACUUGGCCACGUAUUUAACAUGCCGCAUGAUGACAAUAAUAAGUGCAAAGAAGAUGGAGGGAAAAAUCAACAACAUGUCAUGGCGCCAACACUGAACUUCUACACCAACCCCUGGAUGUGGUCAAAAUGUAGUAGGAAAUACAUUACUGAGUUUCUAGACACCGGUUAUGGGGAGUGUUUACUAGAUGAGCCUGUAUCAAGGACUUACACUUUGCCUCAGCAACUCCCAGGAGUAAUUUAUGAUGUUAAUAAACAAUGCGAGUUAAUUUUUGGACCAGGCUCUCAAGUCUGCCCAUACAUGCAGAUGCAGUGCAGACGCCUCUGGUGCAUCAGCAUUGAUGGAGCUCACAAAGGAUGUCGUACUCAACACACACCUUGGGCUGAUGGGACAGAGUGUGAACCUGGAAAGCACUGCAAGUAUGGCGUGUGUGUCCCCAAGGAGCGAGAGGCGCCGGUAACCGAUGGAGCGUGGGGAUCGUGGAGUCCCUUUGGAAGCUGUUCAAGAACCUGUGGUGGUGGCAUAAAAACCGCCGUUCGAGAAUGCAACAGGCCUGAGCCCAAGAAUGGUGGGAAAUAUUGCGUGGGUCGUCGAAUGAAAUUUAAAUCCUGCAACACUGAACCAUGCUCUAAACUAAAGAAAGACUUCCGAGAUGAGCAGUGCGCUGACUUUGAUGGGAAGCAUUUUAACAUUAACGGUCUACCUCCUAAUGUGCGUUGGGUUCCUAAAUACAGUGGAAUUUUAAUGAAAGAUCGGUGCAAGUUGUUCUGUAGGGUAGCAGGAAACACAGCCUACUAUCAGCUCAGGGACCGAGUUGUUGAUGGCACCCCUUGUGGCCCAGACACAAAUGACAUCUGUGUGCAAGGACUUUGUCGGCAAGCUGGCUGUGAUCAUGUGCUAAAUUCCAAGGCAAGAAGAGACAAAUGUGGUGUUUGUGGUGGUGAUAAUUCUUCAUGCAAAACUGUUGCAGGCACAUUUAAUACAGUGCAUUAUGGCUAUAACACCGUGGUACGCAUACCCGCUGGUGCUACAAAUAUUGAUGUGCGGCAGCACAGUUACUCAGGGAAACCAGAAGAUGAUAACUACCUUGCCUUAUCAAACAGUCAUGGAGCCUUCAUCUUGAAUGGAGACUUUGUCGUCAGCAUGUUUAAAAGGGAAAUCAAAGUUGGGAAUGCUGUGAUCGAAUACAGUGGCUCAGACAAUACAAUAGAAAGGAUUAAUUCUACGGAGCGCAUUGAGCAAGAAAUCAUUCUUCAGAUUCUAUCAGUGGGUAAUCUAUAUAAUCCUGAUGUUCGAUACACAUUCAAUAUCCCAAUUGAAGACAAACCUCAGCAGUAUUACUGGAACAUCUAUGGCCCGUGGCAAGCCUGCAGUAAACUUUGUCAAGGGGAACGAAAAAGGAAACCCAUUUGUACCAGAGAAUCUGAUCAACUCAUGGUGUCAGAUCAAAGAUGUGAUCGAAUUCCCCAACCUGAUCCAGUAACUGAGCCUUGUAGCACAGAAUGUGAAUUAAGGUGGCAUAUUGCUAGAAAGAGCGAAUGCACUGCGCAGUGCGGGCUGGGAUACCGAACGCUAGAAGUCUACUGCACAAAGUACAGUAGGUCGGAAGGGAAGACCGAGAAAGUCGACGACCGAUUCUGCAGUGGCCAAACCAAGCCAAAUACUAGGGAAAAAUGCUUUGGAGACUGUAACGUAGGAGGAUGGCGGUAUUCAGCCUGGUCUGAUUGCUCUAAAAGUUGUGGUGGUGGCACAAGGAGACGACGAGCCAUCUGCGUUAACACCCUCAAUGAUGUACUGGAUGACAGUAAAUGCGGCCAGCAGGAGAAGCUCAUUGUACAGCGCUGUAGUGACUUCUUGUGUCCACAGUGGAAAACAGGUGACUGGUCAGAAUGCUUGGUAACCUGUGGGAAAGGGCACAAACAUCGCCAGACUUGGUGCCAGUUUGGAGAAGAUCGAUUAAACGACAGGUUUUGUGAUCCGGAGAGUAAGCCCAAUUCUGUGCAGACCUGUCAGCAACAGGAAUGUGCGGCGUGGCAAGUAGGACCCUGGGGACAGUGCACAAUGACAUGUGGGCAGGGCUACCAAAUGAGAGCAGUGAAAUGUGUGGUCGGUGCCUAUGUAUCAGUAGUGGAUGACAAUGAGUGUAACGCUGCCACGCGGCCGACGGACACACAGGACUGUGAAAUAGCAGCAUGUCCUCUCCAUCCAGCUGCUCCAGAAACGAAAAGAUCUAUGCCCAGCGUUCACAGGACACAAUGGAGAUUUGGAUCUUGGACACCCUGCUCAAUGACAUGUGGGAAAGGUACGAGGAUGAGAUAUGUCAGCUGUCGUGAUGAUCAGGGCUCAGUGGCCGAUGAAGCCGCCUGUUUUCACCUCCCUAAGCCUUCAGCGACAGAAGUGUGCUCCGUAACGCCAUGUGGACAAUGGAAAGCCCUGGAGUGGAGUUCUUGUUCAGUGACGUGCGGCCAAGGUAAGGCAACACGGCAGGUGGUCUGCUUGAAUUACAGCGACCAGGUGGUCGAUAGAAGUGAAUGCGAUCCAGACGAUCUCCCGGCAACGGACCAGGAUUGCUCUGUGUCUUCCUGUCAGAACACCCAUGACUCCGGCAGGCCAAUCCACCCUUUCUCAUACCCGGAGCAUCCACCGAAACCCCACCCGGGGAGAAACCCAAACCAGAACGCUGGCCCCGCGCACAUACCAGGGGGCAACCAGUGGAGAAUCGGCCCAUGGGGUGCUUGCUCUAGUACGUGCGCUGGGGGAUUCCAGCGGCGGGCUGUGGUGUGCCAGGAUGAAAACGGAUAUACUGCAAGUAACUGUGAUGAGAAAGCAAAACCUGUUGAGCAGAGAUCAUGUGAAUCUGGCCCUUGUCCUCAAUGGGCUUAUGGCAGCUGGGGAGAGUGCACAAAGUCAUGUGGUGCAGGAACAAGAACAAGGCUUGUGGUGUGCCAGCGCUCUAAUGGUGAAAGGUUUCCCGAUCUGAGCUGUGAAAUUCUCGACAAACCACCAGACCGUGAGCAGUGCAAUAUGCAGGACUGUCCUAGAGAUGCUGCCUGGAAUGCUGGUCCGUGGAGCUCGUGUUCUGCUUCUUGUGGACGGGGACAUAAACACCGAAAUGUGUACUGCUUGUCAAAGGAAGGAAACCGCUUAGAGAACGAUUAUUGCAAGCACCUUGCUAAACCGAACGUGCAAAGAAAGUGCAGAGGGGGCAGAUGUCCGAAGUGGAAAACGGGAGACUGGGGACAGUGCUCCGUGUCCUGUGGACGAGGCAUUCAGCAGAGAAAUGUGUAUUGCCACACGGGCACUCAGAAAACAGCCCGGGAGACCGACUGUUACCAAUUCACAAGACCAGUCUCUGAACAGGAAUGCCACAUUGCUGAAUGUCCCCGUUACAGCUGGGAAAUGGAGGAAUGGCAAGCUUGCAUGAAAACGUGCGGGGAAGGGUCCCGGUACCGGAAAGUUGUGUGCAUGAAUCAGAAUAACCAAGAGGAGGACAGCGUGAAUUGUGAUGCGAGCAAGCGCCCCUCUGAUAGGGAGAGCUGCAAUUUACUGCCUUGCGAGUACAUCUGGAUUACAGGGGAGUGGUCUGAGUGCUCUGUGACCUGCGGCAAGGGCUAUAAGCAAAGGUUGGUCUCGUGCAGUGAAAUUUACACCGAGAAGGACCAUUACGAGUACGGUUACCAGAAUACAGACAACUGCCCUGGCACCCAGCCACCAAAUGUCCACACAUGCUACCUUGGGGAAUGUCCAGUUUUGGCAACAUGGCGAGUUGGCAACUGGGGGAGCUGCUCGGUGACUUGUGGCAUUGGAGUGAUGCACCGGUCAGUGCAAUGCUUGACCAACGAUGACCAGGCGAGCGCUUUGUGCCAUGCUGAUUUAAAACCCGAAGAGAGGAGGACGUGUCACAACAUCUAUGACUGUGAAUUACCAAGCAGCUGCCAAGAUGUUAAAAGACUCAAAGGUGUCAUUGAAGAUGGUGAAUAUUAUCUUAAAGUGAAAGGAAGGAUAUUAAAGAUAUAUUGUGCUGGGAUGCAGACUGACAGCCCAAAAGAGUAUGUGACUCUUGUCAGUGGGUAUGCGGAGAAUUUCUCUGAAGUGUACGGCUACAGAUUACAUAACCCGACCGAAUGUCCGUAUAACGGGAGCAGACGAGAAGACUGCCAAUGUAGGAAAGAUUACACCGCAGCUGGUUUUUCUGCCUUCAGCAAAGUCAGGCUGGACCUGAACACAAUGCAGAUAAUAACAACUGAUUUACAGUUUGCACGGACACAUGAUGGACGACCUGUUCCUUAUGCCACUGCGGGGGACUGCUACAGUGCGGCCAAAUGCCCACAGGGUCGCUUUAGCAUUGACCUUUACAGAACAGGCCUUUCGCUAACAGAAACAGCAAAAUGGAUCUCGCAAGGGAAUUACGCGGUGUCGGAAAUUCAAAAAUCCCCGGAUGGUACCAAAGUAAUAGGGAAAUGUGGUGGUUACUGUGGAAAGUGCACUCCAUCAUCUGGAACAGGCCUCGAGGUUCAAGUGUUGUAGCAAUGGUUUUCUGAAAGCAGGGAGAUGAGAUGGAUGAAGGAUAGUGUUGCAAUACCUCUGCCUUCUACUUUUGUACUUGUGUGUGUGUGUAUAUAGAUAUUGUAUAUUCUUAAUGAUGUAAAGUAUAAUAUUUAUGGCUGGAAUUAUUUAUUUUGAUUUAAUAUUUUUGUACGUAAAAUGUUUAUAUUAAGGCUGCUUUUACUGUUUUUUGUGUUAAACCUUGCAGUCAAACCACUGCAUUUUACGUACUCUACAUUAUAUGUAGCAUUAUGACAAAAGUGAUACUUCAUUGUCACUGUACUCAAUUGUUUACUUUCAAUCAGUAAUUUGUCUUCUUGUUACAGGCUGCUUUGGCCUUUCAAGGUGCUACGCAAUUUGCAUAGGGGUAUUUUUGGCAUUUCAGUACAAUCUUUUUAUAAGGAAAAUAGAGCAGGUUGGGUUGUUUUGGUUUUUUUUACUUAUUAGGCCGACAGCACUAAGGGGGGAACAAAUGAAGAAUGAAUACACUGUGUGCUGUUUUAUCAGUCACUAUCUUUUAGGUAUAUUUUAAAUUUCAUAUGACCUCUGUGGCCAGUGCUAACAGCCGCUGGUUUGGUGCUACCACAAUGUAUUUAUUAAUUCUCUGUAGCUUUAGACAGUUAGAUACAGUGCCACCAUAGAUAAAAGGGGGAAAUGGAUGGAUGAGCCAAUUAAGAUAAACUAAGGUCUAACCCAAACCUAGGAUCUCACCCUGCCAAUGGGUCCAAAACUUGAAACCCAUUUUUAAGGUUCACAAAACCUUGGUUACAUUUUUAAAAUUAAUAUAUUCUAAUUGCAUCAGCUGUGGAACUUCCUGGUUCCGUCUUGAAAUGGGGCGCUGGAUUUGUCCAAGACAGUCUGAUUGGGCCAUAUGAUCCCAUGGUGUGUACACUGAAAAGCAUAGCAAAAUCUGCCUCAAAAUUAUAAGCCAAACCCACCUACUUUGCAUUAUGCUCCUGCCACCUUGGGACAUCAAGCUUCUAAACAUCAUCUUAGUAGUGGGGUCUGUGAAAAUGUGGGAGGGGUCGUGGAAGAGCCAGGACACACUGGAAAAACAUCCUAACUUACCAGACAAGGCAUAAGUUACUGUUCUGGGCUGCAGUAACUCAGUAUCAGCAGACAUCUGCAAUGCUGCAGUGGAUUUCUAUACAUACAGGGCCAUCUGCAAACAAGAGGGGAUGAGUAAGCUUCAUCUCGGAUUUCCAAGGUGUCUCAAUCAGAUCACUUUGUACGUGCAAACACGUGGCCCCUCUUACACACGCUGGUUAAUGUGUACUAGUGCAUUGCUUUGCUCUUCCCCAGCAAGGCAUCUGUGCUCUUUGGGUUUCUCCCAUCCAGGCGCAACUGAUUCUGUAGUCCUUGUUCAAGAAUAGCUCCCACUGGAGUCAGUUUGGCUGAGUAAUGACUGCAGAAGUGGUCUUUGUCUGUAUGUCACCAGCCUUGCUGCCUGUUACAUACAGGCCAUCUACUCAGAACUCUGCAGGACGUUGUGUGGUGGUGACUUGG